GUAUAACUCGUGGGGAGACGAGGAGGCCGAUGAGAACCACCUGUCUAUCGUGACUCUGGAGGAGAAGCCCUUCGUCGUCGUUGACAAUGUAGACAUCCUGACUGGAACCUGCAUGAGGAACUCUGUUCCCUGUAGGAAACAUGUUAAAGAUAACUCUACAGAAGGCGGAGGAUCCUAUAUAAAGCAGUGUUGUAAAGGGUUCUGUAUCGACAUCCUGAAGAAGAUCGCCCGGAACGUCAAGUUCACCUUCGACCUCUACCUGGUGACCAACGGAAAACACGGCAAGAAGAUCAACAACGUCUGGAACGGCAUGGUGGGAGAGGUGAUUGAAAAGAAGGCAGCGAUGGCAGUGGGGUCGUUGACCAUCAAUGAGGAAAGGUCAGAGGUCAUAGACUUCUCUGUCCCCUUCGUGGAGACGGGCAUCAGCGUCAUGGUCGCCCGGAGCAACGGCACCGUCUCCCCCUCCGCAUUCCUCGAGCCAUUCAGUGCGUCUGUCUGGGUGAUGAUGUUUGUGAUGUUACUCCUGGUCACGGCCGUCUCUGUCUUCCUGUUUGAGUUUGUCAGUCCACUGGGAUUCAACCGCAACUUGGCCCAGGGCAAAGACCCCCACGGUCCGUCGUUCACCGUGGGGAAGGCGGUGUGGCUGCUGUGGGGUCUGGUGUUCAACAACUCUGUCCCGGUUCAGAACCCUAAAGGCACCACCAGUAAGUUCAUAGUGUCGGUGUGGGCCUUCUUCGCCGUCAUCUUCCUGGCCUCUUACACAGCCAACCUGGCUGCCUUCAUGAUCCAGGAGGAGUUUGUUGACCAGGUCACGGGACUGUCUGACAACAAGUUCCAGAACCCGUAUGCAUACUCUCCUCCAUUCCGUUUUGGGACGGUUCCUAACGGUUCAACAGAGAGGAACAUCAGGAAGAAUUACCCCGACAUGCACGAGUACCUGGUGAAAUAUCACCAAGGAGGAGUGCAGGAUGCACUGGUCAGCCUCAAAGCAGGUAAACUGGAUGCCUUCAUCUAUGAUGCUGCUGUGUUGAACUACGCUGCCGGCAGAGACGAUGGCUGUAAGCUGGUCACCAUCGGCAGCGGGUACAUCUUCGCCACCACCGGCUACGGCAUCGCUCUGCAGAAAGGGUCGCACUGGAAACGACAGGUGGACCUGGCUAUACUGGCCAUCAUAGGAGAUGUUCUUCUGAGGCGCCCCACCCGACCCGAGGGGAUUCUCCCUGACGGGGCGUGUUGUCGGUGGGCCCACUCUGCCAAGUUAGCCGGCCACCCCGAGCGUUCGGGGGUACGCUCGCCCAUUCGCCAGCGUUUCCUGGUGGCCCACUUUCCGGAACGUGACGCGCGUCGAUUUGUCGCCGCUUUGUUCGGUUCGUUCCAGUCAUUGGCAGAAGUGAACUGGAAUGAAAAGCGGCCAAAGGAGAAAUUGGCUUUGAGGGUGACCAGUGAGAUAUAUCUGCUGGAGCGCGUGCUACGAGUGGGUGCUGCUAUGGUGACCAGUGAGAUAUACCUGCUGGAGCGCGUGCUACGAGUAAGUGUUGCUAUGGUGCCCAGUGAGCUGAGAUAA